GUGUGUGAGAUUAAAAAUAUUUUACUCCGUUUUUGUUUUUGUUGUUUAUUUGAUAAAAUGAAAUUAAUUAAAUUUAAUAGUUUUUUAAAUAAGUGUUUUUAUUGUUUUAAUAGAAGGUUAUCUAAUAGUAAUUUGGAUAGACCAGUUAAAAUUUUAGGAAUUGAAACAAGUUGUGAUGAGACAGGUAUUGCCAUUGUUGAUGGUGAUGGAAAUAUUUUAGGUGAUGCUUUACAUUCACAACUUGAUGUCCAUUUAAAAUACGGAGGAAUAAUUCCUCCGGUAGCAAGACAAAUGCACAGAGAGAACAUUACAGAUGUCUGUGAAAAAGCAUUGAGGACUGCUGGAUUAAAAUUGAGAGACAUUGAUGCAAUAGCUACAACCAUGAAACCAGGCUUAGUUUUGUCACUGAUGAUUGGCAGAAAUUUUGGGAAGUAUUUGUCAAAAAUAGGAAAUAAACCGUUUAUUCCUAUUCAUCAUAUGGAAGCACAUGCUUUGACAGCUAGAAUGAUUGAAAAGGUAGAUUUUCCAUUUUUGGUUUUAUUAGUAUCAGGAGGACAUUGCUUACUAGCACUAGUAAAAAGUGUUACUGAUUUUUUUGUUAUUGGUAAUACACUUGAUGAUGCUCCUGGUGAAGCAUUCGAUAAGACAGCACGAAGACUAAAAUUGAUGAAUAUACCAGAGUACCGUGGUAAAAAUGGAGGCCAAGCAAUCGAAUUAGCUGCAAGUAAAGCCACAAAUCCAUCACAAUUUGAAUUUCCAGUAUCCAUGGCCCGUUAUCGUGAUUGCAAUUUUAGUUUUGCUGGACUGAAAAAUUCUGUUAUAACUCACAUCAAACACCAGGAAUUAAACAGUAAAAUAAUAGGUGAUGGAGUGAUUCCAGAUAUUGAAAACCUCUGUGCUGGAUUUCAAUUAGCUAUUACUAAACAAAUUGCAAUGAAAACGAAACGAGCUAUGAGGUUUUUGGAUCAGAAAAAAUUUAUUCCUGAGGAUAAACGCACUCUGGUUGUAUCAGGGGGAGUUGCUAGUAAUAAUUUCAUAACUAAAGCAUUAGGAUUAAUUUGUGAUGAAAUGGAUUAUCGCUUAGUACGUCCUCCUCCUCACCUGUGUACUGAUAAUGGUAUAAUGAUCGCUUGGAAUGGAGUUGAACGAUGGAAUGUAAAUGCUGGAGUACUUCGAGAUCCUGUGGAAAUUGAAAAAUCUGAUAUUCAAGCUAGAGUAUCGCUUGGUGAAGAUUGGACGCAUUUAGUUGCAGAGCUAGACAUUAAAUGCACUCAUUUAAAGACUAAAGAGUUAUAUCCUUAAAAAUUAUUUCUUAUUAAAUGUAAAUAA